AUGAAGGCCAGCGAAUUGCUUCAAGCGACAUUACCUCCGCUACCUACAGAGGAAGAACCAGCUUCCACCAAGCCAGAUCGCAAAUACCCACCUUUAUUGCAGCAGCAUCUCAACAAUAUGCGCGCAUUCAGCGAUUGUAUUCUUCUGACGAGGGUCGGUGACUUUUACGAAAUGUACUUUGAUCAAGUAGAACAGUAUGCUCCGCUGGUAAAUUUGAAGAAAGCGCGCAAGCCCACAGCGUUGGGCGACGUCCCCAUGGCUGGGUUCCAGCACACACAGCUCGAGCGCUACCUCAAGAUGUUUGUUCAGGAUCUCGGCAAACCAGUGGCCAUCAGCGAGCAGAUCAGAAUCCCGGACGCGGAGCGUGUAGCUCGGAAUGGAGGACCGCUGUUCGAUCGUAAGGUCACUCGCGUCAUCACAGCAGGAACGCUGAUCGACGAGACUUUUAUGGAUCCAUUCGAUAACAACUACUUGCUCGCGAUCCACUUUGCUGGCACCUUGCCAGAUUUUCCUACCGAUAAUGCAAGCAGGGAACUGUAUGAACGGCAUCGACGAGGUACCAAAGUUGGGCUCAGCUGGGCAGAUCUAUCCAGUGGCGAUUUCUUCACGCAAUGUGCUGAUCUUGCAACCUUGCCAUCUUUGAUCGCGAGGAUCAAUCCGAAGGAAAUCGUUCUCGAGGCAUCUUUGGAGGAGCAAGGUCCUCAGCGAUUGCAGAAGCUUAUGGGUGACAAUUUGUACUCCAUACACUUUCACCAAGCGGCGGACUUGUCGCAAUCGAUCUCUGACUGGACGCCGACGCUCGAGGCUGAAAUGACGGAAGACGCUCAAUCUGAAUUCACGCCUGUAGAGAUUACUGCUGGCAACCUCGUUCUCGAUUACAUCCGAGACAAGGUCCGGGACGCAAACAUUCAACUUCAGCCUCCGGUGCGGAAGACCAACGAAGAGUACAUGGCCAUUGACAAGCAAAGUCUGCGCAAUCUCGAAAUUCGAAGCACGCUGCGUGAUGGACUCAUGCAAGGAAGUCUGCUGCAUGCGGUCCGUCGUACCGUCACCAAGAGCGGCGCUCGCCUUUUAGGUCAGAGAUUGGUCGCACCAUCGACGUCCUUGAGCAUUAUCAAUAAUCGCCUAGACCUUGUGCAGGAAUUCCUCGAUCAAGAGGCUUUACGUGAAGACAUCGUCGCUCUUCUCAAACGUACAUCCGACACGUAUCGUUUGUUACAGAAAUUCUCCAUUGGCAAAGGCGACGCAGAUGAUCUGUUGGGCUUGGCCAGGACCGUGGAGCUGAUGCAGCAGGUGUCCGAGAUCAUUCACGAUCACAUCGUAACCAGGCUAAGUCAACCUGGAUCCGAAGAGGAAGAUGUAACAAGCGACAUCGUUGACAAUGAAUACACUUUUCUUUGGGACAUUCUGGCGCGCUUAGAUCUAGAGAGGCCUCUUAAGGUCGCCCGCAAUAUUCAAGCAGCAAUUGACGAAAAAGGCUUGAACCAGAAGCAGCUCGCAGAAGAGACAUCGAUGGCCGAAGCGGAAUCGAUGGCAGAAGAGGUCAUUACUGCAGACGCGGUCGGAGAGAAGGUCCCCAAGCUAUCGCGGCGUAAGAGUGCCACGCAAUCUCUGUCAAGUUCAGGGAUCCCACCGCUCGAGGACAUCUGGAUCAUGCGAAGAAAUGCAUCGCCAACUCUCGAUCGUGCUCAUAGCGACCUCGAUGAGUUGCUCGAGGCACGAGAGACACUUGCCACACAACUUCGCCAGACGACACAAACGGAUGGCCUCACAUUGCGAUGGAGCGCAGGACUGGGCCAUUUCUGCCACAUCAAAAGCAAAUCUGCUCGAUCCAUCGUGGCCGAUCUUGACGGCGCCCGUGCUAUCGGCUCCACUAAAGGCACAGUAUCAUUCUACCUCGCCGACUGGACGCACCUCGGCGCCCGUCUCGACGACGCCAAGCUCCGCAUCCGCAGCGAGGAAGACCGUUUCUUCCGUAAGCUGCGCUCAGAAGUCCUCGAGAAUCUGAUGAGACUGCGGCGCAACGCCAGCGUCCUCGACGAGCUCGACGUCGCCUGUAGCUCCGCCAGCGUCGCGCAAUCUCGAGAUUGGACGCGACCCAUCAUCCACGGCGGCACCACACAUAACAUCAUCGGCGGCCGCCACCCCACCGUCGACGUCGGCCUCCAAGACCAAGGCCGCUCCUUCACCACCAACGACUGCACGGUCGGCGACAACUCCGAAUCAAUCUACCUGAUAACGGGGCCCAACAUGGGCGGGAAAAGCACCUAUCUCCGACAGAACGCCCUGAUCACCAUCCUCGCGCAGACCGGCCUCUUCGUGCCCGCGACCUACGCCUCCAUCGGGCUGGUGGACAAACUCUUCAGCCGGGUGGGUUCGGCGGACAAUCUGUACCAAGACCAAUCGACGUUCAUGGUAGAGAUGCUGGAGACGGCCGAGAUCUUGAAAUCCGCGACGCCGCGAUCGUUCGUCAUCAUGGACGAAGUCGGACGGGGGACGACGCCGGAGGACGGCGUGGCGGUGGGGUUCGCGUGUCUGCACCAUCUGCACGAGGUCAGCAAGGCGAGGGUGCUGUUCGCCACGCAUUUCCAUAAAUUGACCGAUCUGACCCGGUCCUGGGGGGGCGUGGCGUGUUUCUGUACGGACGUGCAGGAGGAACGGAGCGGGAGGUCGGAGUCUGAUGGCGAGGGGCGCGAGGGAGCAGAGGGUGGGAGGGGCGAAGGGGCGUGGACGUACCUUCAUAAAUUGAAGAGGGGCGUCAAUCGGUCGUCGCAUGCUUUGAAGGUGGCGCGCCUGGCGGGUCUCCCGGAGAGUGCGAUCGAAGUGGCCGAGGGCAUGCUGCGGGGCAUGCAGGCGGAAGACGAUGCUGAGAAGAGAUGA